CGGUUGGAGGGAAAGCCGCAGUGUUCAGAGAGAAGACACAAGCAGUCAGGCGAGGCGGGGGAGUGUGAAGACCCGGACGUGAAUUACUGAGAUACGAGACAAAAGUGACAAUCAGUGCGUUCCUUGGCGCCCCUAUGCUUGUGUGACGGUGGCAGUGGUGUGACGAGUGCUGGCGUGAUGUGGCCUCAGUGUCAGGCGUGAUGUACUCCUAAAGACAAACAGAACCAAGCAACACGAAAGAUUCAUGCUUUGUGUGAGAAACGAGGAGAAAUCCUGACAUCCUUUCCUGUGUCGCUGAUCAGGAAUAAACAUCGUCGAGCUUUACCUUAUUCUGAAACACUGCGCCGCACCUCCUCCGCUUUCAAAAGGCUCCAGUUGAGAUGACACGGGUUUUAAGGAUGUUUUCAUGAUUGUAGUGACGCAUUAACAAGACUUCCACAUUAUUAACAGGGGAAACACUCGUGAGAACCCGGCUGAUCAUCUCAGUGGCCUUAGGAAACAGUCGCGGUUGGAGUGCACAGCGUUUCUGAAUACAGCCCUUAGUAAGGUGGGCGUGUGCAACCAGAUGUGGGUGCGAGGUGCGCUGGUGUGUGCGGCGCUGACGGUGGCGGUGGUGGGGCAGGGGGACCGUCAGGCAGUGCCCCGCCCCACGCCGCGCCAGUAUGAUCCGUUAGAGCUGUGCUCGGGCGGGUUCAGCGUACGCAAAGUUGACCCUUCCACCGCCACUACCACCUCGCCGCCCUCCAAACUGAAGUUCCAGGAAGUGCUGACUAACCUCGGCGGCUGGUCAGCUAGCGAGAGUGACUUCCAGGCCCCGUGUUCUGGCGCCUACUUCUUCACCUUCCACGCCCUGUCCAGGAACCAAGGGGACUACACAUUGGCACUCAUGAAGGAAGGCAAGUAUCAGGUCACGGCUUACGGCAGCAGAUUUGACUACCAACAAGGGUCAAACUCUGCCCUGAUCUUCCUCAACGCCGGGGAGAGGGUGUACCUUGAGCUGCAGGACGGAAGCCUGUACGAGCAUCCCUACGACGAGGCAUACACCACCUUCUCUGGGUUCCUCGUUGAGCAGUUUUAGCAGAAAUGGAAUCAUGUAGAGAAACUGCAGUGACUAGAUCAGGGAUGUGUCCACGUUUGGCGUCUAUUUAUUUAUUCAUUUUUUGGGAGAUUAGGUGAAAAAGGAGACUGAGGUGAUCUGAUUCCCGCUUACUUGUCUCGUAACACCUGUCUCCAUUUUCACUCCCGCUUCCUAACUCAAUGUCCCGGUGUUCAUUAUUCCCUUCACAUGCUUCCUAAUAACACAGUCAGAUCGAUUCUCAUUCUCAGCAUGUACAGCCACGGCCAGAAGUCUGUUCACGUGACGUAUUCUUUACCGCUCAUUCAACCGUUUCGUCCGAUGCGCUGCCUGUCACCUUACAAAACCCGAGAGGUGAAAGGUUCCAAGGAGAUCAGAGGACAGUGGAGGUGAAAGCGUCAGGUUACAAGACUUCUGGCCACGACUGUACUUAUACUCCAAACACUCAGUCCCUGCCACGUAUCAUCCACAGGUAGCAUGAGCCUCCCCCGCAUCGAAAUCAAGGCAUUAUUUCUGAAUCACGCCCGUCUCACUACGAAGGACGCUUGUGAUAUACGAGUAACUUGAGUACAUAUAAGAUACUAUUGCUUUUUUUCUCUCCCUUUACAAAUUCUCCCGUUUCUGAUAGCGUAGUUUCUUCAUAUGAUCAAUCUUCGGACCAGCCGCUAGACAGGUGACACGAGGAUAAGGAAUAAAAAUAAGGAUAAGGAGAAUGAAGAAGGAAGUGGUUAGGAGACAGUGCGUGACCAUGUGGUAGUACACGCGGCAGUUAGAAGAUUGUACGUGGCAUUUGAGUUAAGUUAGGUUAGGACCAGUUAGGCAUACUGAAGUUAAUAACGUAUAUGAUAAAGAACUGUAGGGUGUUACUUGCCGUUAUUAAUAGUUGCGCCCGGCAGUGAGACGAGCGUGAUUCAAAAAAAAAAAAAAGUUUACUCAAAGCAAUGUCACAACACAGCCUCACUUCAUCGAUAUAAACCAUUACGUAAGCAUUAAAGAUUAAGAUCAAGA